CUGAGUUCCUGUUCUCAGCUCAGAUAGAAACUGUGCCCUGUGCUGUCGCUUCAGUUGGCAACAGGAUGAGCAUCAACGGCUGCCUGCUUGCCUUUGUUCUGGGCUGUAAUGUCACCGCAGAAAUAAUCAAAGAAGUAGAGGAGGGACAGCUGGUCACUCUGCGUUGUCCUCACUCUGUGGAGGGUAAACUGACCUGGAGCAGAGAGAUGAAUGGAAAUAAAUCUGACAUACUUAUGAUUGUUGGUGACAGAGACAUGAGACCCAAUGACCCAGGCAAACGAUACAAUUCAUUAUCAGAUGGGUCGCUUAACAUCCGCAAAGUUGCUGCGUCAGACGCUGGAAAAUACUUCUGUAACAACGAAAUAGCUGUGGAACUGAGGGUGAUCCCACGAGGUAAGAAGACCACGUCACCAACAACACGACCACCACCUGCGCCACCGUCACCAACAACACGACCUACUGCUACAACAACUUCAACCGUAGCCACAGCAUUACCGACAGUGACAAACACAGCAAACCAGCAAGUGCAUCUGGGUUUGGCGAUUGGAAAAGUCUUCCCCUUCCUCCUCCUCGUCAUCCUCCUUGUCAUCAUCUUCGUCUGUUUUACUUGGGGGCGCAGGUCUAAAAGACGAGAAAAUGAAGAAAGACAACCAGUUUAUGAGGAGAUACAGGAAGGAUCAGCGCAUCAGCCAUCAAAGGGCGGCUCCAACCAAAAUGAUCCCACCUACUCCACCAUCCAAGACCUCGCACCGCCAGCGACCUGGACCGAGAUGUUUCAACCCAGUGAGUCCCCACAUUUCUUGAUCGGCAACACUUCGCUUGAUGGAAAUCAGAAAGGUUCGUCACAUCCCACUGACCAAACCUAUUUUUUACUGGAGAAACCCAAAGCAGCUGGAAACAUCAACGACCAACACGCAUUGCUUUACCUAUAAAUACCUUCCUUUUUUUUUUUUUUUAAUUGAAUUUUUAAUUUUUUCUCAUUUUAGAAUAAAGUGAAUCAGUGUCUCUAAACAAGCUUCUUCAUAUAAUUAAAUAGAAAACGAGUUUCUUUUUCCCUGGAGUUUCACUGUGUCAAACUUUCUCGUUAUAAAAAACAGCUGUAAAUUUGGAUUAACUUGCGUUUUGAUUUUUUCACGUACACACAUUCCUUUGUACAAAUACUUAAAGAACUCUGUG